UGAAUGAGCGCUGGCCUCUCCUCCGCUCGCGAUGAAUCGAUUAAGCUGCACGAAUCCGCACAGCAUUGUCAAAAGUUAGAGCCGAGUACUGCACGGCUAUAGUGCCCAUCAGACAAUAAACACAAAUGCCGGAUCUCGUCGGGAAGUUCGCGCCCGUAUCUGGGCAGAAGAUUGUCCGAUAGUGCGGACGGAAAUAUGCCUGGAAUAUCUUCGUGAGUCGCCCUUUUUGACCGGAGUCCGUUCGAUAUCUGUUCUGCUCUUUUUCUGGUCUUGGGGAUUCAUUGAGGAAGUCGAUCAGCUGCAAUGGAUAACAUCGCAGCGACCGAGUGUUUGACCCUGGAUUUCGGGCCCUUCGAGACUGUGCACCGAUGGCAGCGUAUGCCUGAAUGCUGUGAAUUCGUUGGAGCCAGGCGAAGUAAGCACACAGUAGUAGCUUAUAAAGAUGCAAUCUACGUCUUUGGAGGAGACAAUGGCAAGCAGAUGCUGAAUGACUUGCUGCGAUUCGAUGUGAAAGAAAAAGCUUGGGUGAGAGCAUUCGCUACUGGGACCCCACCAGCUCCUAGGUAUCAUCACUCCGCUGUUAUCAAUGGCUCUUCUAUGUUUGUGUUUGGUGGCUACACAGGAGACAUUCACUCCAACUCCAAUUUGACCAACAAAAAUGAUUUGUUUGAGUAUCGCUUCCCAAAUGGACAGUGGACUGAAUGGAAGUUCUUUGGAAAAACACCAGUUGCCAGAUCUGCUCAUGGAGCUGCUGUUUACGACAACAAAUUAUGGAUAUUUGCUGGUUAUGAUGGAAAUGCUCGUUUGAAUGACAUGUGGACUAUAUCAUUACUUCCUGGGGAUCAAAAAAUUUGGGAAAAGGUAGUUCAGUCAGGAGAUUGUCCACCUACGUGCUGCAAUUUUCCUGUAGCAGUAGCUCGGGAAUCUAUGUUUGUAUUCAGUGGACAGAGUGGUGCCAAAAUUACCAACAGUUUAUUUCAAUUUCACUUUCGAGAAAGGAGAUGGACAAGAAUUUCUACUGAACAUAUAUUACGUGGUGCGCCGCCUCCACCGGCACGUCGCUAUGGUCAUACAAUGGUCAGCUUUGAUCGGCAUCUUUACGUUUUCGGUGGUACUGCAGAUUCUACUCUACCUAAUGAUCUUCACUGUUAUGAUCUUGACACUCAAACAUGGCAUAUUGUCACUCCAUCUUCUGAUAGCGAGAUUCCAUCGGGACGUCUUUUUCAUGCAGCAGCUGUCAUUGGCGACGCAAUGUUCAUUUUCGGUGGUACAGUCGACAACAACGUGAGGUCGGGCGAAACGUAUCGAUUCCAAUUUUCUUCUUAUCCUAAAUGUACCCUACACGACGACUUCGGUCGUCUGUUGAAUUCCCGUCAGUUUUGUGACGUCGAGUUUAUCGUGGGCGAGGACGACACAAAGAUCCCGGCUCAUAUAGCAAUGGUUGCAGCUCGAUCAAAGUUUUUAAGGCAGAGGAUUAGACAGGCUAAGGAAAAGCGACAGGAAUACCUAGAGGAAGUUUAUGGUGGUGAAGAGAUUCCAGUCAAAGACCUUCCAAUACUUGAAGUGAAACUAAAGGAUGCAGUGCCAGAGGCAUUUGACAUGGUUUUAAACUACAUUUACACUGACCGUAUCGAUCCAACGAAGAAGAUCGAAGAUCCAUUGAGCAACAGAAUAGUUUUGCUUAUGAUGGAUGUAUAUCGUUUGGCUGUGCAAUUCAACAUGAAACGCUUAGAACAGCUUUGUGUUCACUACCUUGAAGCUACAAUAAAUCAUGCUAAUGUUUUAGAAGCACUGCAUAAUGCUGCAAUGCUUAAAUUAUAUUUUAUUAAGGAGCUUUGCUUGAGUUUUGUUGUAAAAGACAGCAAUUACAAUCAAAUAGUCAUGAGUCAGGAAUUUGAGUCUCUGGAUCAGCCAUUGAUGGUUGAAGUUAUCAGAAGAAAACAGAUGCCGCAAGCUAAAAAUUUCUUCAAGCAGUAUGAUUUAGGAACUGAUAUGGGAACAACACUCGAGCAAGACAUGGAGGCAUUUUUAAAAGGCAUAGGGCAAGAAUUUUGUGAUAUUACUCUAUUACUUGAUGGAGUGCCAAUACCUUCGCAUAAAGCAGUAUUGGCAGCUCGUUGCAGUUACUUUGAGGGAUUAUUCAGAUCGUUCAUGCCCGAAAGUAACACGGUUAAUAUACAAAUUGGCGAAAUGAUUCCAUCAUCAGAAUCAUUCGGGUCACUAUUGCGAUACAUAUAUUACGCCGAUGUUUCCAUGCCUCCAGAGGAUUCUCUAUACCUCUUUACGGUCCCAGUUUUCUACGGAUUUACAAAUAAUCGUCUACAGGCUUUUUGUAAGCAGAAUCUCGAAAUGAAUGUAACAUUUGAAAAUGUGAUACAGAUCUUGGAAGCAGCAGAUCGAAUGCAAGCCGUCGAUAUAAAAAAAUACGCCUUGAAUCUCAUCGUUCAUCAUAUUGGAAAAGUUGUACGAUUGCCAAGACUGAAACAGCUGACUCGUGAACUUUUGCUAGACAUCAUAGAAGCCAUGGCAGACGAGCGCAGCGAAGCGCGAACUUGUCAGGAUAUGUCGAAUCACUGCUGACGCAUCUCUUUCACGAGCCAACAUCGUUCUCGUGAUUGGAAAGUUUCAACGCCCACGACUUUUCAAGAGCUCUGCCGAGUUAAUUUUACGUUAAUCGGCCGCACGAUCCUGUUCGUUGGCGAUUGCUACUUGGAUCAAGCAACGCCACUGACGAGCUGCUUCGUGGAUGCUCAACAGCAGACGCUCAACAUGGCGAAAACCCCAACGUCCAACGACACACAAAAACAACGUCCUCUCGGUGCUAAGCGAUCACUGAGCGCACAACGAUGCUCUGAUAGGCAAGGAACUCUUAGGCGCACACUUUACGCUUUGCCCGACCUGGGUAUCAGAAAGUUGUUUUUGUAAGAAGAUGACAGUUCUCAAAGGUCAUGUUUUCUAUCUUGAGAAUUUUGAUCUGAAUCUAUUUUUUUCUCAAAAGAAGGUAAAAACGGAACUACGUUUUUGCUAUUUUAGUAUAGUUUGGAAAAGCACGGUUAUUAUUCAACUAGAAAAUGAGUAUUGUUGUUAAAUUAUAUUUUAUUACUGUUAAUGUUAUACAUUAUUCGAAAACUUUGCAAAUCAUGAUAUUAAAUUUUUGACGACUGAGAUUUAAUUUGUUUAAAUAUAUGGCGAAAAUGUAAUUAUGAAGGAGUUAUUCUAGUAGAAUACUGCGAAUGAAAAGUAAUUUAGAUCAAAAGUCUUGAUAUUAAUCAAUGAAUAAGCAAACACCAGAAACGUAAUUUAGGUAGACUCAAUGUUUCUGUCUUUUUUUAUUUUUUUACAUAAUACCUGUAUGUAUAAUUAAAGUUUUUACGAAUCAUAACUUUAAUUUUUCAAAUAAAUUGUUUAUAGGAAAAUAUUAAUUUUAUAGUUAUCUUUACUAUAUUCUGAUCGUUAUUACGUUUAAAAUUCGAAAAUAGUUUUUUUUACGUCAGUUCUUAUUGUCAAUCAAUCGUUUUGCGUUAAUCUCAAUGGAGGCAUCUCAAUGGAGUUCAAGGUAUUGCUAGAAAGUGGCUGUGAAGCUUUUGCUGUUUAGCUUUAAAUUAUCUUAUACUUUUUCUAGCAUUACUAAAAGUAGUUAUUUAAAGGAAUAACUAAUAAUUUGUGCGAAAUGCAAUAUUUAAGUAAUAUAUAUAUAUAUAAACUAAGUUCGAUAGAAUAUGAAAAUUCAUAGACUUCAAAGAUUGCUUACCGUUAUUGUAUGUAUUAUAAUCUAUAUAAAAAUGUUGAAUAUAUAUAUUAAGUAAAGUAUCUGUAAAGAAUUUACCUGUAGAAAUUGAACUAUAGUAACUCAGUUCCUUUGAAUAUAUUCAAAAGUAAAAGGAGACAUCGAUUUCUUAAUUUCAUCGAUCGAAUUUUUAAAUGUAUAAACUACAUGACGCAUCCGUUGCAAUGUUUUACUUGUAUAAAUGAGUAACUUUGUUUAAUAAAAUGAAUGGAUAAAAUUGUAUUUUGAAAAAAUGUUAUAAUUGUAAUAUGUUUAAUAACGAACAUUUUUUAUGAAAAGUGAAAAAUAAAAAGUUUUUGUUCUUGCCAAUCGA